AUGGGUGUCAUUGAAAAGAUCAAAGCCAUCGAAGAAGAAAUGGCCCGUACCCAAAAGAACAAGGCCACUGAACAUCAUUUGGGUCUCUUAAAGGGUAAAUUGGCUCGUUACAGACAACAAUUAUUAACAGACGAAGCUGGCGCUGCAGGGGGCGGUGGUGGAUCAGGGUUUGAAGUCGCUAAAUCUGGUGAUGCUCGUGUCGUCCUGAUCGGGUAUCCAUCCGUUGGUAAAUCUUCAUUAUUGGGACAAAUCACUUCUACUAAAUCCGAAAUUGCCCAUUAUGCUUUCACUACAUUGACAUCUGUCCCCGGUGUGUUGAAAUAUCAAGGUGCCGAGAUUCAAAUUGUUGAUUUGCCUGGUAUCAUUUAUGGUGCGUCUCAAGGUAAAGGUCGUGGGAGACAAGUUGUUGCCACAGCAAGAACUGCAGAUCUUGUGUUAAUGGUCCUCGAUGCAACGAAAAGUGAACAUCAAAGAGAAUCAUUAGAAAAGGAAUUAGAAGCUGUAGGGAUUAGAUUAAAUAAAGAAAAACCAAAUAUUUAUUUUAAGAAAAAGGAAACUGGUGGUGUUAAGGUCACUUUCACAGCUCCUCCAAAAAAAUAUUUAACAGAAGAUGGGAUUAAAAUGAUCUUAAAGGAUUAUCGUAUCCAUAAUGCAGAUGUCCUCGUUAGAGAUGAUCAAUGUACCAUUGAUGACUUCAUUGAUAUAUUGAAUGACCAACAUAGAAAUUAUGUGAAAUGUCUAUAUGUAUAUAAUAAGAUUGAUGCUGUUUCUUUAGAAGAAGUGGAUAAAUUGGCAAGAGAACCAAACACCGUCGUCAUGUCAUGUGAAAUGGAACUUGGUAUACAAGAUGUUGUCGAGGAGAUUUGGUACCAAUUGAAUCUAAGUCGUGUAUACACAAAGAAGCGCGGUGUAAGGCCAAAAUUUGAUGAUCCAUUAGUGGUAAGAACAAAUUCUACCAUCGGUGACUUAUGUCAUAGCAUUCAUAGAGAUUUUAAAGAAAAAUUCAAAUAUGCCCUUGUAUGGGGGUCAUCAGCCAAGCACUCUCCUCAAAAAUGUGGGCUAAAUCACAAGAUAGAUGAUGAAGAUGUUGUGACUCUAUUCACAAAAUAA